UCGAAGUCGAAAUUGGCAUGCCUAGAAAGUCAGCUCACCUUUCUUCUUAGUUACUCCUUUGGAACCCAAAACCGAAAAGUGUUCCUUUUUAUCCGAAAGUUUCAUUUUUUUUCUGUACUCCAUUCCUCGAAAGAAAGGGAGCUUAGUUUUCACGAUACUUUUCCAAAUUUGAUAGAGUUGAGGAAUAUUGAGGCUGUGGUCGAGGUUUUGGGGUUUUGGAGGGGAAAAGUAAUGGCUGCCCCGGGGCAGAACUCUUCGCACCCUCAAUUCAUUACGAGUCAUGGCAAUCGGGAAAUCUUUGGCGGUCCCUCUUCUCCUCUUAUAGAUGAUGUCGAAACCGAGCAAAUCAUCGUUCCCCAGGAAAAAAGCUGGAAAAAUUUAUUUGUCUAUAUGGGUCCUGGAUUUCUUGUUUCUAUUGCUUAUAUCGAUCCUGGAAACUUUGAGACGGAUCUACAGUCAGGAGCACAAUUCAAAUAUGAGUUGCUCUGGAUCAUCCUCAUAGCUUCAAUUGCUGCACUCAUCAUUCAGUCUCUUGCAGCGAAGUUAGGAGUAGUAACAGGAAAACAUUUGGCUGAGCACUGUCGAGCUGAAUAUGCAACGGCUUCAAACUUUAUUUUGUGGUUGCUCGCUGAGCUUGCUGUUGUUGCAUGUGACAUCCCUGAAGUUAUUGGAACAGCCUUUGCCUUGAACAUGCUCUUCAGUAUCCCAGUUUGGUGUGGUGUUCUCAUUACUGGAUUAAGCACCUUGCUUCUUCUAUUUUUGCAGCAAUAUGGGAUCCGCAAACUUGAGUUUUUCAUCGCUUUUCUAGUACUUAUAAUGGCUGCUUGCUUCUUUGUUGAACUUGGCUAUGCAAAGCCACGGUAUUCGGAAAUAAUGAAGGGAUUGUUUGUUCCCCAACUCAAGGGAGAUGGCGCUACAGGACUUGCCAUAUCUCUACUUGGUGCUAUGGUUAUGCCACAUAACCUUUUCCUCCAUUCGGCUCUGGUAUUGUCUAGGAGAGUACCACGUUCAGUUCAUGGAACUAAAGAAGCAUGUAGGUUCUACACUUUAGAAAGUGCAAUUGCUCUUUCUUUGGCCUUCCUUAUCAAUGUUUCUAUCAUUUCUCUAAGCGGAACUGUUUGCAGUUCACCAUCUUUAAAUCCAGAUGAUAAAAUAAACUGUGAAGACUUAGAUCUCAACAAAGCUUCUUUUUUACUAAGAAAUGUCUUAGGUAAAUGGAGUUCAAAACUAUUUGGUAUUGCUUUAUUGGCAUCGGGUCAGAGCUCUACAAUCACUGGAACUUAUGCUGGGCAAUAUGUUAUGCAGGGUUUUCUUGAUCUGCGCAUUACGCCUUGGAAAAGAAACCUUUUGACUAGAUCUCUGGCAAUUAUCCCAAGUUUAAUUGUAGCAAUCAUUGGUGGAUCUGCCGGGGCUGGAAGGCUCAUAAUUAUAGCAUCGAUGAUCCUGUCAUUCGAGCUCCCCUUUGCUCUUCUUCCACUCCUCAAGUUCACCAGCAGUAAGAAAAAGAUGGGCUCAUAUGCUAAUUCUUUCGCAACUGCAGGACUGACAUGGAUUAUAAGUUUAUUUCUCAUGGCCAUUAAUGUAUACUAUCUCAUAACCAGCUUCGUCAAACUGCUAUUGAACAGUAAAUUACAAACUGUAUCUAAAGUGUUUUCGGGAAUUUUUGGCUUUGCUGCAAUAUUGGUGUAUUUGGCAGCAGUCAUAUACUUGGCCCUGCGGAAGAACAGGAAAAAUACUCAGCCAUUGCUAUCUUCAGGUUCUGAACUUGGCCGAGUACAUGACAAUGCUGGAAUUGAUGCUGAAACAUCUAUAUACAGUCUACCAAGGGAAGAUAUAGUUGCCAUGCAGCUUCCUCAGUGAAGACCUGUAUUGGAUCUGGAAGAAGUUUAUUGUUAUGUUUUGCUUAAUUUUCUCUAUCUGAGAGCAUCUUAUAUUAAGCCUUAAAGUAACAUUUGGUUAGAUGGGAUGGGUAUUUGUAGAAGUUUUAAAUGUAAAGGUAUAUUAUUGAGAUUAUGCUUACUUCGGAUGUGGUUUAAAUUAGUAUUUAGAAAAGCCACUCUGAUUUGUUGUUAACUCCCUCGUUGAUAUCAGUUGGAUAAGUCGAAGAAAUUUUUCUAUCAAAUUUAAGAAAACAAAUUGCGUUCU